CUCCGCUCCCGGAGAGCCAGAACACCGGGCGGCGGAGGGGGUGCAGGGGGCGCGCAGGGGUGCGCCCAUACAGCCGGGUACACCGUACACUACUGCUUUACGUAGGUAGGGUCGUGGAACCGGGCGCUCUCUUCCAUCCUCCGAUGGGAUUUGUCUCCUCUUCCCGCAUCUUCAACCCUGACAGGUAAAGUCCCUUCGAGAAAAACACAGGUGACGUUUCCGCCGCAGCUGAGGGAAGUUUUGAAGACAAGCCUGAGGCUGUGCGAGUCGCGCCCGGACAAAACAAAAAAGACCGGAAAGCCCAGGUUGGCCCCAGCGGCCCUGAAUUUUCCGGGGCCGGAAGUUCCCCGCGUGGCUAUGGCUACAGGCGCCGACGCUCCCGGCUCUGUUGGCGGCGUUCCGUUCCCAUGGCAACCCCAUUGUCUUCCGAGGCGGAACCUGGGCUGCUGGCGCGCCGCAGGCGGACCUCUCAGGGUCUCGCUUCCGCCAGGCACCUUUGCGGCUCCCUGAACGAGGUCCGUCGAGGCCAGGACGCUGACGCCCCUGGAGGAAGCUGAGCUCGCCGGCUGAGGGAGACGGGAAGGAAGAAGAUGCAAGCCAGCCCCAUCCGCAUUCCAACCGUCAGCAAUGACACUGACUGGGACUUCUGCUUCCACUUGUCACAGCAAGCCAAGAAGCCAGCAUACCAGCAAAGAGAUGAACUGUAUUCAUCUAGCGGGUCUGGAGAGAGUGAAGAAGAUACUAAGGCCACGGAGGAGAUGGCCGUAGGCUGCAUGUCUCUUCCUGAAGACAAAUUGGCCCAAUCCCAGAAGAAAAUAGCUCAGCUGAUUAAGAAAAAAAUGAAUAUCCAAGCAAACAAGGAGCUGAUUCGCUGUGUCAUCCUUUCUCGGAUUAUUUUUGGGGAAGAACACUGGAAAUGUGCACAGGCUCUGGCCAGCCUGGCUUAUGGCUACCUGACACUGAGAGGCCUCCCAGCUCAGGCCAAGAAACAUGCUGAAUCUGCCAGGAGCACGCUGCUGACCUGGAAGGAAAAGACGACCUCAAACACGGAGAAAAAGGAAAUCAUGGAAGCUCUGGUCAUUCUGUACUACACCGUAGGGGUGGCCUGGCUCCUACAGAACCAUGGCAGAGAGGCUUAUUUCAACCUGCAGAAGGCAGAGAGAAACAUGAAGGAGCUGAAAGAAUUAUGUGAGGGAAGUGUUCACAGAUUACAAGUCUCAGAGAAAGACCUGACAAUUGCUUUGGGCAGAGCCUCCUUGGCCGUCCACAGAUUGAACCUUGCUCUGGCAUACUUUGAAAAGGCAAUCGGCAAUGUUAUUGCUGCUAGGGGUGAUAGGACAUCAGAUCUGGUCAGUCUGUACGAGGAGAUCGCGCAGAUCGAGCAGCUGAGGAGGAACCAUGAUCGGGCCAUCCAGUACUUGCAGCAGGCCUAUUCUAUCUGUGUUUCUUUGUUCACUGAAGCCAGCCCCCAAACUGCAGAGGCAAGUGCAUUACUAGCCAAGGCUCAUGCCCUGUCUGGAGAGGCCCAACACAGGGAUGCUGUGGAGAUAUAUUUUAUAAAAAGUAUCAGUGCAUAUCAAGCAACAUUGGGCCCAACGGAUUAUGAAACACUGACAACCAUUGAAGAAUUUUGCAAAUGGCUUGUCCAAAAUGGAGAAAAACAGGAAGCUUACAGACUGCUAAAGGCCUCACUGAAGUCUCAGGUCAUCAGCUAUGGUGAUUGUAGUGAAAAAGUGGCUGAAACUUUUUACAACAUGGGCAGGAUCUGCUUUGCCAAAGGAGACCUCAGAAAGGCGAUUCAGCUGCUAAGGAAGUGUCUGAUGAUUCAAAUCCUUUUAUAUGGAAGAGAGCACAGUAAAAGCAGAGACACAAAAGACCUCCUUACCCUAAUGCAGAGGGCAAGUAGCCAUUCAUCCAGGUGGAGAAGAGAAACCAUUCCAGGACGAAGGCACUGUAUAUGCAAAGGCACUGAGGCAUGACAGAGGAGAGUGUAUCAAAGCAAUGGUCUUCUGUUAUCAGUAAAGAGAAAACCUCUAUACUGGAUAGCCAACAAUAAAGCCAACCUUGUUGAUAACAAAAAUUCUGGAUCACAAGAUAUAUUUAUCAACACUGAUAACAAUGGCAGAUCAAAAGCAGAACUAAGAACUCUAAGGGGGGGAAAAAGUCUACUUAGCAGCAGCAUUACAGUUCUGGUUUUUAAAGAAGAUUCUGCAACACCUAAGUAGUUUAUUAGUGACCAUUUUAAUAUACUGUUUGGAAAUACUUUUAGUUGUAACUUGUUUCAGGUCACUAAAACUGCCUUGUGAAGAAACGUUUGAUCUCCUGAAAACAUUUGCCCUGGUCUCACGCCAUAUUAGAGUCAGAGAGGGCUUUGAUUCUUAUAAAUGAAGAAACUAGGGACAAGAGAGAUGGAUUUGUUCAAGGUCAGCUGGGUGAUUAUAAAGCUGACUUCCUGAGUCACAGAUGAUUACUUUCCACCCCACUAUGCUGCCCCCAACCCCAAACUGGAUUAAAAAGGCUUGUUUUGUGGAAGGAAUCUUAACCAGGUUUGUUUAAAAAAAAAAAGCCCUUACCUCCUGAACAAAUGUGUGUCUAGGAAAAGAAAACAGCAAUCUCAAAUCUCAAAUAUUCCUUACUGUCUUCUUCACAUAUUCAGGGAGAAAAGAAAAAUCGGAUUCGUGUGAGUUUUACAAAAUAAAAAACUUACUUCUCUCUUCAUCAUUUCUGUUACCUGAGCUGAUUUAAUGCAGUUCAAAGACUGUGUCUUUAGGGAUCCAAGCGUCUUCUAACAUCUCCAUAUCACUUAGUGCUUAGGGAACUACAUUUUGGUUCUUCAUGCAAAAAAUUAUUUUUUUAUUUCAGUCAUUUGCUCAGUCUGUAAAACCUAAUGAUCAACCAGUAGCCAAGGUAUGGUGGUGAGUGGCGAGUCAUUGCCUGGUCUGUAGACUGGAAGGCUUCCUCCUGGCGGCUGUGUUCUGAAUGCUUUCAGCUCAGCUCUCAGGACCAAGGUCUCAGGUUGCAGGCCUGCCUGAAGGCAGCUAUAUCCCACUGACCUUUUCUGCAGUGCUUAUCAACUGGUCACCGGUCUGUCGUUGCUAAUUUUAGCCCUGUCUGGAGAUGGGCCUGCUGUCCUUACCCAGAAUAUUCUGCACUGACUAAAGCAGCCUCAGAAGAGUUGCUUCCAUUUUCACAUAUCCGGACGAAAAUGGAUUUUCGACAAUGACUGUGAUAAAAACCAAAGUACCAGCCAGACAGAAGUGGCCGUUUGGACUCUAUUUUGUGUGGCACUAAAAGUUUUAAAAAUGUUACUACUUUGGGAGACCCCAAAGUCUUAAGAUCUCCAGACUGACAAACCUGUAUCAAUAAAACAAUAGCAUAAAGUGUUAACAUUGUAAAAUAAAAUGUUACGGUGUGAUCUUGAUAUUGCAUCUGAAAUUAGUUUUAAAUAUUUAAAUAUAUCCAGUGUUUAUUGUCAGUGUAAGGUUACUAAUAGUCCAUUUUCUGAGAUUUUGAUGUUAAAAUGUUUAAUGAAAUGGUGGUGAUAAUGAAUGGUAGCUAUGGUUUUAACAUCCUUGUAUCUGAGAAAAUAGUAAGUUGUUACUUAUGUUGGUUCCAAAAGUUUUAAAAUUUUGGUAUUCUGUGAAAUCCUUGAGUUUAAGAAACCACCUUGGAAAUGUUUGACACAGUAAAACCUAAUGUAAAGUUA